CCUGGAUCCAGCACCUUUCAACGUCAUGCUUCUGCCUCCGUUGCUCCAUCUAAUAGUCAUGAGCCUCUAAUCCAAAUGAUGUCCGACAGACAUCCUUCGCUAGCGAGUGUAUCAUCUCGUGGAGUGAUGGGCACUUCUGUCAAUUUAAAUAUGACAAACUCAUUAAGCAACAAUGGGAACCUGCAAUCGAUGUCCAGCGAAAUGACAUUGACUGGUGAUAGCAGCAUCAUACCGCCGCCAAAAGACUUCGGGACCAUGGGCCCUAGGAACCGACCUGGAACACCUACAACAAAUAGGUUGCACCCUCGUCAAAUCCCGAUGAUCUCUUCUUCACCAAUGCAUUCUAUUGUUCGUCAGCACUCAACUCACUUUGAUUCCCAAAAGGAACCGUCAAACUUCCAUAUUGACACUUAUCAUCCACAGCCUCAACCGCCUCCCCCUAGAAUCUCCUCAGUCGGCCUUUCGUUUGAUCCAUGCACGGAGCGUGUAACGUCUGUGGGCCACGGUUCCGCCAGCGUCAGACUGCCUCGGCCAAUCUACCGUGGGUCAGAUAGUGAAAGUGAAUCAGACGAUGGAGGCAAACUUCGUGGUAGACAACGACGACGUGUACAGGCUGAUAGGGAAGCCCCCACGACGAUUUCAACCCAUUGCCAAUCUCGUCUCGCUGAAUGCGAAAGUGGAGGCCUGCUCAAACGAUACAAGGCAACAGGUCGAAGCCUGUCCGGGGAUGAGGCAUUCAUAGAAGCAGGACUCGGAACCGGAACGGCUCGGAAGCAGAUAAAUGGACCAGGGCCUAUCCCAAGCUCUUUACGAACCGAUUUUCCGGUCUCAGUAAGCAUGACUCAACAUCUUGAGCCAAGUGGAGUCGAAAUCAUGAAUGCUCCUCUUUCGCUCCCCAAGAGCAGUUGUCUAGAGCAGGCGACGGGGGUUUGA